CGGUUGCCAUGCCUAAUUAUUAAUGGUGUUUGUAUAAUUUUGUUUUACGUGUUUGUCCCCUGAAAGGACCGUACAAUCUUCGAAGAUGACCGGGAAGGACGAGUUCGUCUCUUACUCGCCCCUUUCCUCCAACCCCAACCCCAAUCCUAACCCUUAUUCCAAUCCUAAUCCUUAUUACGACCCUAACCCUCAUCCUUACCCCCAAAACGUCGUCGUUUUGCUCCCCUCCUACCGCCUCCGUUCCCACCGCCGUCGCCGCCGCUGCAUCCUCUACUCCGCCGCGCUCUUCCUCUUCCUCCUCAUCGCCGGCGCCGCUUUCCUCCUCUACCCCUCCGACCCGGAGAUCCGCCUUACCCGAAUCCGACUCAACCGCAUCGGGAUCCGAACCAACCCGAGGCCCAUUCUCGACCUCUCCUUCUCCAUCACCGUUAAAGUCCACAAUAGAGACUUCUUCUCCCUCACCUAUGACACCCUCGCCGUCUCCGUCGGCUACCGCGGCCGCCAGCUCGGCUUCGUCACCGGCGGCGGCGGCGGCCGCAUCAGGGCGCGUGGCUCCUCCUACGUCGACGCCACGCUCACCAUUGACGGAUUUGAGGUUAUCUACGACGCGUUCUACCUGCUCGAAGAUAUCGCUAAGGGCGUCAUUCCAUUCGAUACUGACACCCGAGUUGAAGGGAAAUUAGGGCUUUUCUUCUUCACUGUUCCUUUGAAGGCAACAGUGUCGUGCGAAGUGUAUGUGAAUAUAAACCAGCAGACAAUUGUACGUCAAGACUGCUAUCCUAAGUCACUGGGUGAUCCGCUGGAUCAGAGCGCAUAUAUUGAAGCUGGAGAUACAUGAUGUGGUAUCAACCUUUUGCAUCCUUCUCCUAUACAGCGCUGCUGCUGGUGUUUUCAUUACAUUACUUUUAGCGUGCUGUAUAAUUGUAUAUGGAUCACACAUCCUUGUAAAUUAUGGUUGACUACAGACCACUUGCAUUUUGUAUUUAACGCUCGUACGAGGUAAAUUCAAUGCAAAUGGUACCUGGGAGUUAAUCAGUUUUAUAGUUGAAAACUUGAGAAAUAAAAAUAUAUUUUACUUCUCCUUUUAAAUGCCACCCUUAUAUCAGUUAUAUGUUAACAGUUCGCACCCUGAAUUCUA